AUAUAACAUACCUGAGAAGAGGAAUUGAGUAGAACGGGAAGAGAUCUGAUAGUCUAUUGGAUAGGACGUGCAGAUAACAAAUUAAUUAAAGUAAAAGAAUAUGAGAGAGAAAAAUGUCAAUAUUAUUUUCAUAUACAAGACUUGGUGGUACAAAUUGUUCAAAUAUUUAACAUCCUCAGAUAUAGGAGCUGAAUAUAAGGUCACUAAGGACACAGAUCAAUUAUAUCACUAUAGAACAGAAGAGUUGAUUGACAUGUUUUGAAAACAAAUUGAGGUUACCAUUUGGAAUGAGGAGAAAUUUUUGUAAUUGGUGGUUUCAUUUUAAUAAUAGAUUUAAUUACUUAUAAGUUAAUUCUUGAUUUAUAAUUGAUUUUAGUGAAAUUCGUCAUGUCGGUACUUUCCAGAAUUCAAGGAUUUGCUUCUAGACACAAGAACAAAUUUUUAAUUGGGGGUGCAUUUAUAUCGGGAUCAAUAAUACUUACGAAAUAUGCUCAGUAUAAGUUUAAAGAGUGGCAAGAAAAAGAAACUUCAGAGUUCUUUGAUCGAAAUCGCAAACAAAAUCAUUUUGAAAGUAUUGGAAGAACUACUAAUCAGACGUUGUCUAACUUUUCAGUAUCAUUACUAGACUUAAUUUCAGAAAUAAUUAAUACUGAUGAAGUUAUUGAAAACAUUAAAGCAAACCCAGAUAAGAAAGUAGAAUUAUGGAACAGUUUAAAGCUGUUAGUGUUUACAAAAGUAUCAGUUACAGUAUAUUCCAUUGUGAUGCUUGCUGUAGUUUUAAACGUACAGUUGACGGUAAUUGGUGGAUACAUGUACAAAGAUCCAAAUCGUGUACCUACAGACAUACAAGAGAAAUAUUUAUCACUGUCAGAAAAAUUUAUAAAUCUUGGUAUACAAAAAUUGGCUGAACUUAUAGAAUAUGAGAUGAAAAAAUUAGUUAGUGGUAUGGAAUUAUCCAAACUGUUGAAGUUGGGUGACAUAGAGAGUUUGUUUUGGUCACUUCAAGUAUCUCUUUCGUCUUUAAAGGAUGGUCCAAUUGAACAAUUUAGAAAAUAUAUUAUUCCAGAGGAAAAUAAUAGUUCUGAUUCUGUAUAUGACAGCAUGGUAAGAGAUACAGCUGAUCUACUUGAAAGUGAAGAAGUAAAAUCACUAGUAACGCAUUGUAUUAACCAAGGUUUCAUAACGUUAGGAGAUCAACUGGCAGAAUUAUAUUCAAAAAGUGACAUGACAACAAAUGGUAGUGGGGAAUCAUUUAUAAAUCCUUUUGAAUUACAGAAACCUUUAGCCAAAUUAAUACCUUUAAUUAAUGGUUUAUUAACAAAACAAUCAUUUCCACAAGUUCUUAUUCAACAACUCAAUACAAAUAAAAAAAUACAAACAUUUAAUGCCAAUAUUUAUGAAAGUUUAUUGUGAUAGUAAUAUGUAUAAUUAAAUUUAUUUUUACUGAAUAUAUUUUCAUGACAUUCAAGUGUUUUUAGUGUGGUCACCUAAUUAUAUGAGACAUACUCAGAGAUUGGACCUUUAACCGGACAUGGUCAUCAAGUCGUCAUAUCCAUACUAUAAGCAUCAUUGGACGACCCUGGGUGCCGCUGGUAUAUGGAGUAGGAAGAAACUGGAGAUCACGUCAUCUAGUAUUGUCCAGCAUUCAAACACUUCAAACCCCACAUGACAGGCCUAUGUGCUUAACAGCUUUUGACUGCCCACUAUCUCACUAUAAGCUAUGACUAAAACAUGUUUAACCUUUUCAUUGCGACGCCCUCCUAUAGUCAAACCAGUAAGACUUGUACGGUGUGCUAGGCCCUGCUUCAUUAGGUCUAGAUGAAUGUCCCAUGAUGCAGAUCACCCCUAAAGUCGAUAACAAGAUUUUCUGUAUUUAACUGCUGCAACCGUCUAAAAUAGGCCAAUAAACGUUUUCUAAUGAAUUUCUUUACAAAGUCAACCAUUCAAUAGUUUUAGAACGCCUCACUAAAAGUCGAAAUUGGUUUUAAUAUUUCCUCUAUAAUUAAUUUGAUUCAUAUUUUUGAAUCGAAUUUACGCUAAAUGAAAUUAUUUGUUAUCGUCGGCGUUGUUGGUUUUCUGCAGUUUCCUUGCAACCUGGUGAACCGGUUUUCCAGCCAAAUGGCCGACUAUAGGAAAUAACGCAGCUGUACCCGCCCGCCUCCUAAAUUUUCAAAUAAAAAAAAUUCAAUUUGAGAACCUUUUUGCUUGCAAGCUCCCUUUCGCUUUUUUUUAGUUAGGCAAACAACCCCAGCCUUGCAGAGGAGCAAUUCCCAUAUCAGGGCCCAUUCCAACAAACCCUCCUCAUUAUCCUAUCAAAUUUGACCUGUGAAUCUCUAUCUCUCCACACUUGUUAUAUUUUAUUUCUUAAACUGCUGAAAAUUCUGUGAACGACUAUGUAAUUCAAAAUAAACCAUAUUUUCUUUAUAAUACAGUUAUUUUCAAAAUGUUUUUUUUUUAAUUACAAAAAUGUUAUUGACAAAGCUUUUUUUUAAUCACGACAACAUAAUUGCAAUAACUUCUUUUUUAGUAAAACAGUGAAGAAAACAAUUUUUCUCAACUCAAUAAAGGUUGACACACCAAAACCGUAAAGUGAUAAUGAUAAUUAAAAAUUAUUCAUAACAUCACUUCGAUUUCUUGUUGAGUGCUAAAAAAAUUAUAUUAAACGAAAUGAAUAUUAAAAUUUCUAAGACAUUAUUAUAUGAAGUAGGCAUCAAAAAGGCUACAUAAAAUAAAAAAAAUGUUUUGUAUCCAACUUUAUCAAGUUUCUAAAUUAAUAUUUAAUACUUCAAUUUCUUUUUUAAGGAAGUUUUCCUUUAAUGGACUAGUACCGGUUAUUUUUUUCGUUUUCUCGUAAUUUCAUAUAAAACUAUUGUUUAUUAUUUUGUGAUAAUAAAGUGUUACAUAAAAUA